AUGAGCCUGACUUUUGGACUAGUUUUAACCGGGGUUUAACCCAACCAGCAGGUACAAAACAACGGGAAAGAACGAAAGUGCAUCUUUCAACACCGAGAAGAAGAGAUGUCCUCCCAGGUCAGACUGCGGCUGCUGCCCAGAGCCAGAUGCAUGUUCGACGAGCCGGUCCAGGUGAAGGUGACCGGGCUGAGGUCCAGACAGGUGGUCACCAUGAGAGCCGGAACCACCGAUGAGAAGGGAGUGACGUUCAGCUCCUCGGCCACCUACAAGGCUGACGGGAGCGGGGAGAUCGACCUGCAGAGAGACCCCUCCCUCAGCGGGACUUACACUGGGGUCGAACCCAUGGGCCUGCUGUGGUCCAUGAGGCCAGACACCUUGCACAAAAGGUUCAUAAAAACACGCUCACUAAACCCCCAGGUGGUGAAGUUCUCUGUGCAUGAGGAGGAGCAGGAGGAGGAGGGCGGGAUGCUGGCAGAGGCGACCAAUGAGAGGCUUCUGGUCGGGGACGGGGUCCGCCGGCGCCCGGUCAAAGAUGGGAACAUUUGUGGAGUCCUGUUUACUCCCCCAGGAGAAGGUCCGUUCCCUGCUGUGCUGGAUCUGUACACUUUCGGUGGAGGUUUGUCGGAGAAAAGGGCCUCUCUGCUGGCCAGCCGGGGAUUCGUGGUUCUGACUGUAGCGCUGUACGGCUACGAUGACAUGGCGAAGAACAUCAAAGAGGUCCAUCUGGAUUACUUUGAAGAAGCGAUAAAGUUUUUAAAAAUGCAAGAUAAGGUUGGCAGCAAAGCAGUCGGUGUAAUAUCCAUUUCAAAGAGUGGAGAUCUUGCACUAUCUAUAGCCUCUUACCUGCCAGACGUUGGAGUCACAGUGUGGAUUAAUGGCUGCUCUGCCAACACCAUGUUACCCCUCUUCUACAAAAAAAGCCAGAUCCUCCCUGCGUUGAUGGUGGACAUGAGCCAGAUGAUUCCUACAGCGUCCGGGGCCUUUAACUGCAAGUAUGUGCUGCAAAAUCCCCUAGCAGAGGAGAACAAGGCCACCCUGGUCCCCAUCGAACAAGCCCAGGGACGCUUCCUCUUCGUGGCUUCAGAGGACGAUCUCAACUGGGACAGCAAGGCCUACAUGGAGGACAUGGUGGAGAGACUGCAGCGUCACGGGAAGCACAACUUCGAGAGUGUGUGUUACCCCGGAGCGGGACAUUACCUAGAGCCUCCGUACGGACCCUAUUGCCCCUCCAGUUUUCACGGGGUUGCAGGAAAGCCGGUCCUGUGGGGGGGUGAACCCAAGUCCCACGCAGCGGCUGAAGACCACCUGUGGAAUAAGAUCCAAGAGUUCCUCAGAACUCACCUGAGCUGUGGAGCUCCGCAGACUAAAGCCCGGUUAUAGACACAGAACAUCAUCAUAUGAAGACAACACAAACAGCUGAUUGUAAGUAAUCGUAUAGCGAAUAACUCAACGUUUGAUUUGAUGAUCGUUGAUGUGCUGAAAAAUAAAUGCUUAUUUUGUAGCCCUAGAGUUGUACCUUUACUAAUGUAUGCUGCUAAAAAAAGUGGCAUAGCUGUGAUGAGUUGAACAAUGAUUGAGAGUCAUUGAAUCAAACGACAUGGACGCUGAAAAUGAUAAAGAUUUAUGCUGAAUCAUCAUUUAAUUAUUCAUUUAAAAUAGAAAAAGCACCAAAAUCCUCUUUAAAAAAAGGUUGGUCCUCCUUGUCCAGUCUUUCAUUUACAAUUCCACAUUGACUGAAGUCCUGAGCUCACAUGAUAUUAAUGCUAUGAAUAUAUACACAUAUAAAAUAAGCACUUUUUGAACAUUAAAGUAGAGGAACAUAAUACAAAGAUGAACCGCAGAAUAGGGCCUCUUAUAGAAGUAUAGAAGUAGUACUCUUUAAUGAGUAAGGAUUGGAAA